UUGUUGUAAAACAGUUGUUUACGCAGUGAAAAGUUUUUUAAAGUUAACAGAUUGGGAAAAUUGGAGUGUAUGUGUUAUAACUGUUAAUGGUUCAUUAAGAAAUCUUUGAAUUGGUGCCAAAACUCUUGGAGAACAUGGCGCAAAAUCCUGGCUGCCAACGAACAAAAUGAGAGCAAUUCAAAUAAAAAUGCAAACUUAAAAACAGAAGAUGGAUUUAAAAAUAAUUUUGACGACAUUAACAAUGUCGAUCAUGUGUGAACUAUGUCUCUCGACAGAUGUCUAUAGUAAUACCUCAAUAUCAAAAUUAGAUAGCAUAACAAAUUUAGAUAUUAAAACAAGAAGAGAUAACAAAUCUGACAAUGUUUUUGAAAUCGAAGAGUAUAUAAUGAAUACAACACUUAACAAAGACAAUGAAGAAAUACAAGAUAGUGAUAAUAGUACAGAGAUUUAUGAAGACGAUGAAAUUGAGACUCCUUGUGUUGGAGAGCCUGAGUACUGUAAUUUGACGAGACAGCAGUACUAUGACAUGCUUAUUGAAUACAUAUUUCCUCAGCCUUACGAGUGGGUGUUAAUAGCUACUCAUGCUAUAGUGUUCGUGAUUGGAUUGAUAGGGAAUGCUUUAGUGUGUAUAGCAGUGUAUAGAAAUCACUCGAUGAGGACUGUGACGAACUAUUUCAUCGUUAACUUGGCCGUGGCGGAUUUUAUGGUGAUUCUUAUUUGUUUGCCUCCCACCGUGCUGUGGGAUGUGACGCAAACGUGGUUCUUCGGGACGGCAAUGUGCAGAAUUGUGCUCUAUUUUCAGUCAGUAUCAGUGACGGUAUCAGUGCUGACGCUGACGUUCAUCUCCGUGGACCGCUGGUACGCCAUCUGCUUCCCGCUCAAGUUCAAGUCCACCACCGGCCGCGCCAAGACCGCCAUACUUAUUAUAUGGCUGUUGUCUUUAUUGUUUAAUGUUCCAGAGUUUGUGGUACUGCAGGUACAGAUGAAGCUGCAGUUACGAUACAACGCUCAGUUCUUCAUGCAAUGCACGCCGACCUGGUCCGAUGACAGCGAUCUCAAGUGGCAUAUCAUUAAAGCUCUGUUUUUGUACACAUUUCCACUGUUCCUGAUGAUGAUAGCGUACUGUCAGAUCGUGAGGGUGUUAUGGAGGUCAGACAACAUCCCAGGGCAUACGGAGUCACACACACUCUGUACCACACCCACGGGGCAUAAUAACUGCAAGAAUUGGUUAGCAGCAAACCGUCGAACAACACCUUCGAUCCACACGAACGCGUCAACUGAGGGUCAGCUGCGCUCCAGGCGGAAGGCUGCCAAGAUGCUAGUGGCAGUCGUCGUCAUGUUCGCAGUCUGCUACUUCCCUGUGCACCUGCUAUCUGUGCUGCGGGUUGCAUACGACGUGCAGCAGACAGAAGUGAUGACGUGCAUAGCACUGAUCAGCCACGUCAUGUGCUACGCGAACUCAGCUGUCAAUCCUCUCAUAUACAACUUUAUGAGUGGUAAAUUCCGGCGAGAGUUCCACAGGUCAUACUUCAAAUGUUUCUGUUGCUGCCUCUCAGCCGCCUCCGCAGACCAGAAUGGAACAUCCUUCGCGCCAAUCGGCAGCUCUAGAGCCGGCACAACCAGGACCGUGGUUCGUCGCAACGAUUCGUACGUCAGCUACCGUCUCACCCACCUUUCUCCCUCAAACCACAAUAUACAUCGAGACUACAUCAGAAACACCAACACUUCCUUCAUUGACCAAAUGAAUGGGAACCGCAGACCCAAAAUUAGGGACGACUCCAUCAGCGAAUCAGGGACAAGGUUCACUCUAGCUACUGACGUCUGCAGGGAUUGACAACUAGGCAAAGAUCUUCUGUCUGAUAUACGUAAUAGAGAUGACAUUGAAACUUAUAUCGCGAGGAGUACCAACAGUAUUGAUUGUAAACCGUAUUACGAUUGCUUCAAAGAUGGUAAAAUUGAGGAAAGGCAUAGUGAUAAUGCUGAUUACAGACAUGUAGAUGAGACAAAAGAUUCGUACGACGAUGAUCUUAAAAACGGUUUCAAGUUUAAAUUCAAUCGCAGUUUGAAUAGCUGUCAGAUUAAGAAUAAAAGGAAGGUUAAUAUUUACUAAGAUUUGUGUUGUGUUGACAGUCAAUUGUUUGUGAAUGUCUGUUUCACUGUUUGACAAGAUGAUUCAUCGGCUUUAUUUGAUUUUGUUACACCGAAAGCUGUAUCUACAUUUGCAAAUUCUCUCAAUGAAUGAGGUACUUUGAUAAGUUCCUACAUAUCGUUAUUGCCGUAUAUUUAUUUGGCCUCAGUUUUCGUGUCAAUUGAUGCGACCUUGUUCGUCUUGUGUCUUAUAUUUUUGGUUUUUCCUUAAUAAGAGUAAGUAUGUGACCUCAUUAUUGUCUCUGUGACGCAACUUUGUGCUACUUAUCGUGAAAUUGGAACCUUCUGGAAUAUCUUACGCGUUUAAUUUAGGAAGAAUACGAAGGACAAACGUUUCGUUGCUAUUUUGAGCAGAAUUUUUAGCCACAUUUUUAGAGACGGGAGAUAUUUCGUUCAGAAAUUUUGCCAAAAAUUUUGACAUUUGAAAGAUUAAAGUUUACAUUCUAAAAUCAAGUUGAAACGUCUUGUAGAUAAAAAUGGUUUUAGUUUCGGUGAAACAGAUAUUUGCUGUAAUAUCUUAGUUUAAAGUGAAAGCUCUAGAUCUUGUAAAUAUUAUAUUGCUGUAGAUUUUCAAAUUGAGUUCUUCUAGAGAGUUCGGGUUACGCUUUAUUCAAUAUCACUUUACUCAAGAUCAAUUUAUACUAACUCUAUUGGAUUUAUCAAUCAAAAUUGCUCUCUCUCUUUUGAAAGGCUUUAGAGUUUAUUUUACAAUGGCACGUAAAAAGUACUUAGACUGUUUUUAAAGUGAUUACUUUUGAUCUUCAAUAUUCGGUAGGUACCUACCAAAUUAGAAGUAUAAAAAGCCUUUUGAAGGUUCAGAUUUACUAAAUUUUCUCUUAGCAACAAUGGCCUAAAGAUUACUUGGAAAAUAUCCACAGUGCUCUUAAUAUCUUCACAAAAAACAACCUUAUUUUAUAACGUGAUAUUGAAUAAACGACAAAAAUAUAUGGACCAUAAUAUCUAACGCUGAAUCCUUCAACGUGUUAAUCUUAAAUCUUUGUAAAUAAAUUAAAUUUAAAUAUUCACAACUUCAGCAUAAUAUUUUUAUCUGUGAAAACUUUUCCCUUAAAGCCGCGGUGUUAUCUUAACGAAAAUAAAAUUUAUUUACUGGCUAAGAAGUGGCUGUAAAAAGUUUUUUUAUUGCAAGAAGGUUACUCGCAAAUUGAAAUCGUAUGUGCGAUACUGAACGCCUUGUGAAUUCAUGAUUUCUUUUGUUUUGCAUCUUUAUGGUGAAUGCUCCGAUAAACUAUUUUGCAUUACAAAGUUUAUCGUAUUACAAUUAAAUUGUAUGAACUUUGGGAGUUAAACAAAGACAUCAAAAAUUACUUUGACUUGUAUUAUUAUCUGGAAUCAUAAGAUCCCAUCUCAUAUCCACUAUUAACACAUACAUGUAUCAAAGUAUCGAAGUAAAAAAUAAAACACUGAUUAUUUGAUUUUCCUUCUACCAAUCGAAGCAUUCACCUAAAGGUAGGUGCUCAUUUGAGAGUUGUAGGUAACAGAAUUGAUACGGUAACGAGGUUCGAACACGUACUCCUGUAACUUUAAGCUAAAGUUUUGGCUUGCAACUCGUGAACUACAUAACUACAUACAUAGUGUGAACAACAGCUGUUGAUUCACUAACAAGAUGUCUACCUGAAAGUAGUCCGUUUUCACACAGAAGUCUUCUUUCGAAGUUCGCUUAGUUAAAAUCAUUCCAAGAGAAAACUCUGAGUGGGUUACGUGAUUACACCUGCAGCUUGCUCGAUCCUUACAAACUUUAAUGGUCUAAAGUACCAGUGUCCAAACUGCUUUGUACCGAACUGAUUUCUACCAGUAUUGUAGCUUUUUUUUAAUAUAAUACUACUUACUAUUUUGAAGCGACCCGAGUUGACCUGACAAAUAGGUCGUCGUAUGGUCGCCGUCACGCUGCCGUUAGCUAAAUCAAUGAGUGUUAUAGUAAUAUUACUUUUAAUUUUUACACCUACAAUUCACUAAUGAGUACCAACACCUUUUUAUACAGGCUGUUGGCUUAAAUGUAAACAGGCUGUUGUUUUAAAUUCGUUUAAAAUGUUAAUUAAAUUACACACGAACAAAAUAAAAACAAAAUCUCUGUUUGUUUACUGAGUCUGCCAUAUUGGAUUUCUUGUUGUACAUCCGACGUCUUCGUGAAACAAGAUAUUUAAUGUUAUAAUUACAUUGUUAGUAAAUAAUACACUGUAGUGCAGGAAAUCGUGUGUUUAGAGAACUGAUCGUACACUGCCGGCCAUGUUUCUGUAUACGUUUUAUUUUUAGUUAAAACUAUUCUGUGUGAGUCAUGAUUUUUUCCGUUUAGUGUAUUUCUGCGUGAUUGAUAGAUUUCUCGGUUAGAAUUGGGUCUUAUGAAAUAUUUUAGGGUUUUUCUUUGUUAUCACAAUAUUAAAAUUCAAUGAUAAAUCAGAAAUAUAUGCAUUACAUGACUUAUUUUUAUUUGGAAAAUAUAAAUAAUAUAUGUACUUGAUAAUAUAGUUCCCUAAAUAAAUGUGUAUAAAUGUGACCAAAGCUAAAUUAAGAUAAAAUAAGAAAUGAAUGCAUUUCAAUACUAUUGUAAAUAAUUUUAAUCUUUAUGUGUAUUGUCUUUAGAUUUAAAAUAAAAUAGCAUUAUUGAGAUAACUUUGUAGAAAAAACUUAACAAUUUUGUUCUUGUAAAUUAAAUUAGAUAUUAAGACUUGAGAAAAGAAUAAAAUUAUACUUUAUAUCUGUCGACAUCAUAAUAUUUUUCGAAAAAAUUAAUUGGAUAAACAUGAUUUAUCUCGAGCGGCAACUCACUGUGUUUUUAUUUUUUACAAUAUCGAGUUAACUCGAGACCGCGUCUCUAUUGUUUCA